ACAGAGUAUUGCGAUACAUACUUUGACGACAUCGCCACGCCGUGUGUCACAAUGGAGUUCUGCGAGCCGAACAUAACAUUUUUCAUCGUCUGGAACCACGGCAUCAACUACUGCUUUGCGACGACGGUCACGUCGUCCCUGCUGUUCGCAGUGGCGUUCUUCUUCGGAGGGGCCCAGAUUUAUUUCUACAGAAAAUAUUCAAAUUUUAUCGACAAAAGAAUUCAGCCUGAGUCCUAUCUAUUCUACUUGCAGAUCCUUUUAACAAUUGGAAUGGCAUUGGAGAGCAUUGUACAUUUGAUCCUCUGGGGAACAGUAAUAAGCAUGCGCACGAUCUACGGCUAUCAGGUGCUGGGCACGGUGUUCUACUGCGUGGCGUACGGGAUCUCGCUGCUGCUGCUGCUCGUGGAGCGGCGACGCACGCUGCCGACCGUGCCGACGCGCGGACACGGCCUCGUCCUACUCGUGUUCUGGACGCUGGCCUUCGUCAAGGUCAACCUGAGCUUCCUGAACUGGUUCAGCGACCAGUGGUGGUUCCAGAAGAAGAGGGGAACGACGGACACGGUGGAGCUGAUAUUGUUCAUCGUUCGCUAUGUGUUCGUCGCUCUGUUGUUCGCGCUCGGACUGAAGGCUCCCGGACUGCCGAAUAAACAUAGCUGGCAUCAUCUGAUCAGCAACACGCUAGAAGACACAGAGCAGCCCGCGGACGCCAACACCAACACCAACACUGACCAGCAGCAGCAGCAGCAGGAGCAGCAGCAGGGUGAGCGGUCGACGUGGGCGGACGUGUGGAAGAAGACGCGCACGGUGCUGCCGUACGUGUACCCGCGACGCAGCAUCGGCCUGCAGCUGCGCGUCCUCGCGUGCUUCGUCAUCAUCGCCGCCGUGCGGGGACUCAACGUUCUCGUGCCCAUCUACAGCAAGCUGAUCGGUGAGUGCGGCGGGAGGCGCCUCCUAGUGAGCAGGGUGCAGCGUGCAGCGCACUCUGGUGAGCAGGUGAAAUACUACGGAGCGGAGAAAUACGAGGUGAAGCGAUACCGCGACGCGAUCCUAGCCUACCAGAGCGCGGAGUUCGUCUCGCAAGCCUCGCUCAACCUUCUCAACAUGGUGCAGAGCAUCGUCAUCAACGCCGGCCUGCUCGCUGGCACGCUCUACUGCGCUAGCUUGAUCGUCAACGCUCGCACGCUGACCGUGGGCGACUAUGUGCUGUUUUCCUCCUACAUACUGCAGCUCUACGUGCCGCUAAACUGGUUCGGGACCUACUACAG